AUGCUCCGCACCACCAUUACCCGCGCUCUCCGCGCCCCUGCGACUGCCCGCCCGUUCAGCACCUCCAUCCGGGCCAUGGCUGCUGGCGACACCGGCGCUACCCGUAGCGGUGGCGAGAAGGCCGGUGAUGCUUUCACCAAGCGCGAGGCCGCGCAGGAGGAGUUCUACAUCCGCCAGGAGGAGAGGAGGAAGCUGCUGGCGCUGAAGGAGAAGCUCAAGAAGCAGAGGGAGCACCUCGACGAGCUUGACAGGCACAUCGACGACCUUACGAGGGAGCAGGGUGGUGAGCAAAACUAA